GUCCUAACAUUUUAUCGUUACAGAUUACCAAAAUCCUCUCAACCUGACUAACAUACAACAGCAGGGGCUUUAUCUACCUGUUUCAUCACUUUCACAUCCGUGCACAUCAGGUAUAACAUAAAAGCCAAUCAAUUUAGCACAAAUGCAAGCAGCAGGACAGAUCCUUGACCCAAAUCAGUUCUAUUAUGCACCUAUGACUGCACAACCUCCUGCAGCUCCACCGGGAAUGUCUUAUCAGCUUACUGGAGGUUUUUAUGGAGAACCGUAUAUGAUGACGCCAGCUCCGACACAAGCUUCACAACCAGUUAUGAUGCCAGUCGGGCAGCCGGGAUUUAUCUACAUGCCAUCUCCAACCGCACAAGUAUACUACUCGGUUCCUACGGCGACACCGGCGGCAGCCACAGCUACACCAAUCUUCUACUCACCUGAAAUGUAUAUGCAACCAACGAUUGCGAUGACACCACAGAUAGCUCAGCCACAUACCGUAGUGGCCGCUGAAAUGACCAAACCGAAGCCGGCUGUUCGCCCGCUGAGUACAUCCACACCUUUACCAACAGAGUACAUACAAAUUCCUCCACAAAUGGGUAAUCAAAUGCAGUAUCCAGGAAAUGCCCACGUAAAGUACCACAGGAAUCCACAACUGGAUCAUGAUGAUUUACUUGCCAACCUCUCGAAGAUAUCUGUGGUCUCUGAGGAACAAGACACGACACUCGAAGUUUUUAACGAAAGGGAAUACGAUCGCGCUUUUCGCCAACGACGUCCUGCACCACCUGCAUCGAACUACAAGACUAAAAUGUGCAUGACCUAUGCGUCUGGAAGACAGUGUGAAAUGGGUAGCCGUUGCAAAUUUGCGCAUGGACCAGAGGAACUUCGAGUAGCCGAGACACAGCCACAGCGUCAGCUGAAUUCACGAUACAAAACAAAACUGUGUAAAAAUUUUGGCCCCUAUUCGUCCAACUAUUGCCCAUACGGACUUCGUUGCGAAUUUAUUCAUCCCACCGACAAAGAAUAUGCAUUGCUGUGCUCUCGUCAAGGUCGUAAUCCAGCAGCCAACGGAGAUGGUCCACAGAAUGUGGGUGACGUCACUCCGGAAACUGUAUCUGAAGCACCACCGGCAGUAACACGAAGUGCUGCAAAACCGGCUGUGGAGAAGAUUCUGCUGAAGAAUAGAAAUAUAGCUGGGUCAAUGGUGUGUUUGGCAACAGCUGGACGACGCGAACAAGCUUAUGAUGAUAGUGCAAUCGGAUCUGGAUCAUCGGAUUGUGGAGCGUCUCUGGCACAUGCGAAGGCAUUGGCAAAAGCUCGUGACAGUGGUAACGUUCCGGUUCCCAUAAAGUUCCUUAGAAGGAGAUCUAUGUCGCAGUUUACACUGAAACGGUUCAACUCAAGUGAGCAUCUUGACAUAGCUGCAUCCUGCUCGCAGCUCGCUGCCAUUGAGCAUCGUACGCCGAUCUCUAUGUUUUCUCCCCUGAAAUAAUGUUCAAAGUUCACAUUCUUGCACUUUUCAGAAUUCUAUCAGCCUGUGCAUUACUGUUUUCGAUUCAUAGUCUAUUACAGAUUGUCUAGCCCCUUUAGCCCUUUACACUUUUCUAACACCAUCCUUGUAUUUGCAUGGCAUCGCAAUUUUUCUCCGGUUCCAUAGUAUCUUAGCUUACUGUAAUUUGACUCUUUCCUUACCUCACCUAAUCCACUUCACUUGGCACUUCUUCAAUCUGUCCGCCUUGUCAAAUUUUUUCAGUGCC